CAUCGGCGUCUACGGGUCUGGAAGUGGUUGCCACUUACCGAGCGGCUGGGGAUGGAGGCUUCGCGCUGUCGGCUCGGAACCAGCGGUGAUAGCAGUGCCUUUGAAGAUGAGACCAUGAAGCUUCGACAGCUGAAGCUGGAUAAUCAGAGAGCACUACUAGAGAAGAAGCAGAGAAAAAAGCGUCUUGAACCACUUAUGGUACAGCCAAACCCGGAAGCCAGGCUACGUCGGUCAAAGCCAAGAGGCAGUGAGGAGCACACUCCUUUGGUGGAACCUCAUACCCCUCACAACAAUGUCAUCCUGCAUGGCAUUGAUGGUCCAGCUGCCUUCAUGAAGCCAGAUGCUCAAGAUUUGGAGACCAAAGUUCAUGUUCUCUCAGUAAGCUCCUCUUCUCCAGAAGAGGAAACUGAAGGAAACACUGAUGGGGAAAAUACUUUGGACACUGCUUCCAAGCCUGAUCUUCAGGAGAUUCUCCAAAAACAUGGCAUCUCAGGUAGCUUGAAUUUUGAUGAGGAGGAGACUGAUGGGGAAGAAGAAGAAAGAAGGAAAUUAAGAUCUCCUUCACCGAAUUCAGAAACAGAGAGACCCAAUUCUGCAUCCAGCCAGAAAUCAACCCCAGAUACAGGAGCUUCUAGUACUGCAGCCCAACAGGCUGAUAACCAGCUGGGAGAAGUGGAGAAUUUAGAGGACUUUGCAUAUAGUCCUGCUCCUCGAGGUAUCACAGUAAAGUGUCGGAUAACCAGGGAUAAAAAGGGAAUGGAUCGGGGUCUCUUCCCUACGUACUAUAUGCACCUGGAAAAGGAUGAAAAUCGGAAGAUAUUUCUUCUUGCAGGUAGAAAGCGGAAAAAGAGCAAAACAUCCAACUACCUUAUUUCCACUGAUCCAACAGAUUUAUCUCGUGAGGGGGAAAGUUAUAUUGGCAAACUCAGGUCCAACCUCAUGGGGACCAAGUUUACAGUUUAUGACCACGGAGUCAGCCCCACCAAGGCCCAGGGUCUGGUGGAAAAGGCCCAAAACCGACAGGAGCUGGCGGCCAUCUGUUAUGAAACAAAUGUGCUUGGAUUUAAGGGACCUAGGAAAAUGUCUGUGAUUAUUCCAGGGAUGAACAUGAAUCAUGAACGGAUCCCAUUUCGGCCACGAAGUGACCAUGAGAGCUUAAUUUCAAAAUGGCAGAACAAAACCAUGGAGAACUUGAUUGAAUUGCACAACAAGGCCCCGGUCUGGAACGAUGACACUCAGUCCUACGUCCUGAACUUCCAUGGCCGCGUCACGCAGGCAUCUGUGAAGAACUUUCAGAUAGUUCAUGAAAAUGAUCCUGACUAUAUAGUCAUGCAGUUUGGGCGUGUGGCAGACGACGUGUUCACUCUGGACUACAACUACCCGCUAUGUGCCCUGCAGGCCUUUGCCAUUGGGCUUUCUAGCUUUGACAGCAAGCUGGCAUGCGAAUGAGGGAAAAGCAAGCUUAACUGGGCUUUCUCACUACAGAGCUUUCAAGAGCAGAUAGUUACUUUCCUAGCCCCAGGACACAAAGAACAACACUGCCCCUUUUGGAAAGAUCCCUGAAUGUAUCUCUGGGUGUGUGUGUGUCUGUGUUUGUUUACACACACAGACAUACACACACAUAUGUACACACUUCUUGGAUUUUAUAGACUUGGUCAUGGGUCACAGUUCAGUGCGGGUAAGAGCUUGUUGAAAGCACAAUGAAGGUUCUUGUCCGCAGCACAUUGUUGACUCCUGAGGUUAUUGUCUGCAGAUUCCGCAUCUCAAGAGUCUGAAUUCCCUAUGCUUGGAAACUUUCAGCUAGAAUCAGGUUCUAAUGAUUAAAUAUUUGGGUCUCUUUUUAAAGACCUUUUCAGAGAGGAGCAGCUCCCUAAAUUGCCUUUGUUCUCCAGGGCAGAGGUUGUCAAUUUUUUUCUGCAAAUGGCCAGAUAGUAAUUAUUUUGGGCUUUGCACGCCAUAUGAUCUCUCUCAUGACUACUCAACUCUGCUGUUGAAGCACAAAAAAGCAACCGUAGUCAGUUUGUAAAUGAGUGAGUGGGGCUGUACUCUAAUAAAACUUUGUUUACAAAAAUGGCCAGCAGGCCAGAUUUGACCUGUGGGCCAUAGUCUGCUGGUUCCUGCUUCACAUCAGUCUGCAUCAUUUAUGGGCUCGGGCUUCUUCUAAAAUGGGCCUCUGGUUGUGAGAUCCUGCUAGUGAAAAAUGGGCAUGUCUGGAAAGCAACAAUCCUGUAGAUUGGAGCUAAAGAGGUAGUCAGGCUGCAUUCACUGUGAUGUAGUUUUUACCUUGGGUAAGGAUGGUUUUUGGAUUAUCAUCUGCCAUUAGGACCAGGAAAGUCCAAGGUCAGUGAUCAUCUUAAGUCCACACAGGUGACCUGACUGUGCUAUCCCAGCCAGCUUACUCAGGGGAACAGGCAAUGCCAGCCACUUUACCCACCCUAACAGAAAAAUUUAGGCUCACUAGGAUCUAGAACCAUCCAUGCCUUAUCAGAGGAAGUGUGGUAUUUGUUCUGAGAGCUGGCUUGUUUUCCUUUUGGAGCUAAGAAGCUACCGAUGUCACUGUCCCUCCCUUCCCUGUCUCCCCUUGGAGGUUGGCUGGCACCAGUCUCAAAGUGGCCGUGGCCAGAUUUGUGAUCAGUUAUGUGAGAAUUUGGUAUAAUUAUCAUAGUUUCAGGUUAAGCCUUAAGGUAUAGGCUAUGGAGAUGUCUUAGUCUAGUUAAGACUGAGAGUGAUUUUCAACCAGGAGUGCCUCCCACAACUGUCACUAUGGAGCCAUUAGGAGAGGGGUCCUAAGCACCUGUAGACAGUGUAAGAGGUAAGAAGGGAACGUUAUCCAUAGAAACCUGGGAGCAAGAGAGGCUCUGGAGAGAACCGGGGAGCUGGCUCUUGAGCUUUGCAGACCUUAUUGGGCCUUUCUCCUUGAUCUAAAUAUGAACAGCUCCCUAAAGUCUGGCUCCUUGGUCCAGAUUGUGCUCCUGUCACUUUUCCUCACAGUUAUAAGAUUUUUCCUAGUCUUUGAGAUUAUUAGCACCUCCCAACAAAUCAUAUGACCCUUAUAUGGUCACCAGCCCCAGAAUGUAUCUAAAUCUUGAGAACUUAAGAAUUCGUGAGCUCUAUACGUUCAGCAUUGUUCAUCUCCCAAGCCUCUGUGCACUGAGCUGUAGGCCAGCGUGGGGCAGGGUAUUAGUGGCUCCUGCUCCUGUCUGUUCCCCUGCGGGGGACUUUCCUUGCUCUCUGUUCCUAUUGCUCCUGACUCCAUGUCAUCCGGCCAUGCGAAGGAGAGGGACCUGGGAGAUGAAAAGACCCUGUGCUUAGGCCCCCCUGACAAGUCCUGCCUGCUUUAUUUCGGUAUGAUUGGUGUCCAUCUCAGGCAAUCUUCCCAUGAAGUGCCCAUUUCCAGAAGCAUCCCAAGGCCCUUCAGAAACCUGCCACCCACUGUCCUGAUGCACCGCCAACCAGUCACACAUAUUGAAGACAGAAGUCUCUUCACUCAGUUAUGUCCAAAUGCAACAUAUGACAGCAUCUGGGGAAGGGGAGUCCACAGUGGGGCGACUGGACCUAAUUCUGCUGCCUCCUCCCCUCGGGCUAGGAGAGAUUUAUACCCCAAGUAUAAAUGCUUUCUGCAUGGGUGUACAGGUGGUUGAGUUUACACAAAUUGUAUUUAUACCUUUUGUAUGCUACAGAAAUAAAAGAUAAUUUAUAUAAAA